CCAAAACGCCACAUAAGAAGGGGCCCGUUCUGACCUCCCCCCCUCCAUUUAACGCUCAUCACUUUUCCGCAUCACCCCACGCACGCACAAGCACAUACACGACAUGGCCGAAGAAACCUUCCUCUUCACUUCUGAAUCUGUCGGUGAGGGUCACCCCGACAAGAUUUGCGAUCAGGUCUCUGACGCCAUCCUGGAUGCCUGCUUGGCUCAGGACCCCUUCUCCCGUGUCGCUUGUGAGACGGCCACCAAGACUGGUAUGAUCAUGGUCCUCGGUGAAAUCACCACCAAGGCCACCUUGGACUACCAAAAGAUCAUCCGUGAGACUGUCAAGAAGAUUGGCUUUGACGACUCCAGCAAGGGUUUCGACUACAAGACUUGCAACGUCCUCGUUGCCAUUGAGCAACAGUCUCCCGAAAUCGCCAGCGGUCUCGUACAGCAGGGUGCCGACCUCGAGAAGAUUGGUGCUGGUGACCAGGGUAUCAUGUUCGGGUACGCCUCUGACGAGACCCCCGAGCUCAUGCCCCUCACCAUCGUGCUCGCCCACAAGCUCAACAUCAAGAUGGCUGAGCUUCGUCGUAACGGUGAAAUGGGUUGGUUGCGUCCCGACUCCAAGACCCAGGUCACUGUUGAAUACAAGAUGAUCAACGGUGUCCCCGUUCCCCAGCGCGUCCACACCAUCGUCAUCUCUACUCAGCACGCUCCCGAAAUCUCUCAGGAGCAGAUCCAAAAGGAGCUCCAGGAGAAGAUCAUCAAGACUGUCAUUCCUCCCCAAUACCUCGAUGAUCGCACCAUCUACCACUUGCAACCCUCUGGUCGUUUCGUGAUUGGUGGACCACAAGGUGACGCUGGUGUCACUGGUCGUAAGAUCAUUGUCGACACCUACGGCGGUUGGGGUGCCCACGGUGGUGGUGCUUUCUCUGGAAAGGACUGGUCCAAGGUCGACCGUUCCGCUGCAUACACUGCCCGAUGGAUUGCAAAGUCUCUCGUGGCCGCCAAGCUCGCCCGUCGUGCUCUGGUGCAACUGUCGUACGCCAUCGGUGUCGCUGAACCCACCUCCAUUUUCAUUGACACAUACGGCACCGGUGUAAAGACCAAUGCUGAACUUCUCGAGAUUGUCAAGAACAACUUUGACCUCCGUCCUGGUGUCAUUGUCAAGGAGCUUGAUCUCUUCAAGCCCAUCUACGAGGAAUCUGCUCGCUACGGACACUUUGGUCGUUCCCAGUUCACCUGGGAGCAGCCCAAGGCUCUCAAGUUUUAAAUGUAACUUUUGAACAUUAAACUUAGAAGAUGCAAAAAUGUCGGUCUGGGGCUCGACAUUAUGGGUUAUGUACAGGGCGAUUUGACUUGCGUUUGGCGCGGGUCGCCCCAUAAUCGCCUCCUCUUUUAUUUUUUAAAUAUAUUACAAUUGAUGAUAUACGUCCGUCCAA